UUAAAUACAUCACUCAACUACAUCCAUUGCGGUCCCAUUUGAUUUACUCAUUCAGACAAAGUCUUAAAUUUUCUAACCUCCUAUAUGCCUCCAUUUAAUUUCCUCUCUAUGUUAGGCAUAAAUUAAAGCAGAACAUUAUAUUAUUUUGAAAGUUGGGUUUUCCUCUGUAUACUUCUCCUCUGCUGGUUAUAGUUGCAAUAAAGAAAGUGAUGGAGGGAAAAGUUGAGGCAGUAGCCAAGGAGCUACACGAUAAUAAUGGAAUUCAUUGUGAAACAAAAUUGGAGCAGGAAGGAAAAUCAGUAACACAAGAGAUCAAACAAGUAAAUUGCGAUGACAAAAUCAAUGAAGAAGAGAAAAAGAAGAUUUCUCUCGUGAGAGCUCUUGUUGAAAAGCAAGAUCCAUCUUCCAAGGAAGUCGAUGAUUUUGCGAUAAGAAGGUUUCUUCGAGCAAGGGAUCUGGACGCGGACAAAACUUCAGCAAUGUUGUUGAAAUACCUAAAAUGGAAGAAAAGCUUUAUACCAAAUGGGUUUAUUUCACCUAGUGAGAUUCCAAACGAGAUAGCACACAACAAAAUGUUCUUGCAAGGUGUGGACAAACAAGGACGCCCUAUUGCUGUCGUUUUUGGUGGCAGACAUAUGCAGAACAAACUAGGAGGCCUUGACGAGUUCAAACGGUUUGUGGUCUUGGCUUUAGAGAAACUCUGUUCAAGGACUUCACCAGGAAGGGAAAAGUUUGUGGUAAUUGGGGAUCUCCAAGGUUUUGGCUAUUCCAAUAGUGAUGCUCGUGCAUACCUUGGGGCUCUAUCCAUUUUACAGGACUGUUACCCUGAAAGACUUGGAAAGCUGAUUGCUGUUCAUGUCCCUUACCUAUUCUGGACAAUGUGGAAAAUUGUGUAUCCUUUUAUUGAUAACAACACCAAGAAGAAGAUCACAUUUGUGGAAAACAAACGACUCACGACAACUCUACUUCAAAACAUUGAUGAAAGCCAGCUACCAGAGAUUUAUGGCGGCAAAAUGCCAUUAGUUCCUAUUCAUGAAGCCUAAGCAAGUAGUGGCACAUCAUUAUUAUUCGGAGCACCAUUUUGAGGAGUUUCAGGUCCUCUGUAGUUUCAACAAAAGCAAGACUAAUUGCCAUCAAGCCGGUUUUCCACCUAGCUUUUAGUAAUCAGUCAUUUCUAGGAAAGUGUAGGAAUAUUUGUUGCCGAUUUGGAGUUCUGAUGGGAUAUAUUGUUGAGGUUAUACACAAGUACAAGCAUGAUUCUACUCUGGCGUGUAGCUCAUGACACUGUCAUACAUGAAUGGCCUGCAUAUUUAUUCAGAGCAGUUAAGAACUACAACGGUUUUCCAAAGUUGAAGGAGAAAUUGAAGACAAAUUAUAUUCAGCACGGUGUAAAUGGCUGCAGAUAUUAGAGAAGAUCCA